AGAGCAGAACUUGAAAAAAAAUUACAAUACUUAAAUACAAAAUUUCAAGCUUCUUUUUUUAAUCCGGAUAAACAUUUAACAUUUGAAGGACUUCUAAAAGUAACUUAUGUUCGUGAUUUUGUAAAUAACACGAAAUCCAUACUGUGCAACAGCAAAACUACUUGCGAAAAACUUAUACCUCAGCUGGUUAGCAAAUUUGUAAUUACUGAUCAUAAACGUUCUUAUUCUUUAUAUGAAGCCCAAAUAAACGGAGAUGAAAAGUUGCUUUCAGAUACUGAAUGCCCUCUGGCCCACACUGUAACUUGGGGGGAUGACUACGAUAAAUACUUUAUCCUUUUGAAAUUAAACCCUCAGAAAAUGCUUUUGCAGGACGCUCCAGAUGAGUACGAGGAAGACUUGCAAUCAAGAGAAAUUGAUCAUCUUAAUGAUUACGGGUAUCAAGCAUAUACGGUGCAGUUGACUUUGGAGAUGGACCCACUUAAACGCAUUAGCGAUAAAGCCAUUGCAAUAGCAGAAGAAAUUAUUAAAAAUUCAAACGAUAUUGACCAGCUUCUUAGGGUAUCGACUUCAUUAGUCCUUAAUUGGGGGAAGUUAAUAAAAGAAAUGACACUGUUUUACCAGAUGAAAAGUAAAUCUAUGAAAGGUGUACUUUUGAAACUCGCGGAAAAUUUUGUGUCGUCGCUCGUUAAAAUUUUAACACGACUUUUUGAAGGCUUUAAAGAAAUGAAAACGAUCGCCUCGAGAACUAGUACUGAUAAGUUUAUUAGUGAAGUGUAUGCGUUAAAAGCGUACUGCCAGCUGAGCAGGGCACUGCUGGAAAAUAUUAUCGUCACCGAUUUUACUAUCAGAAGCACACAAUUUAUAAUUGAAAAACGUCCAUCUGAGAAUAUUUAUAAGGGCUCUAGCGAACUUUGCCCACUUUUAAUGAAUUAUAUUUCGAGAGCGAGCGUACAAGCAAUUUCAGAUAUUAUAAAGGCAGAUAAGAAGGAUUUUAUGGAAGCGAUAAACAUGUUUAUAAAGAAAUUUCGCAUACUUACGGAAAUAUUGAAUUCCUGCGCAGAGUACGUUUUGCUGAGUAUUGAUGCUAACUUGAAACAAGACGAAAGAACUAUCGAACGGGCGCUUCAGGACUGCAAACUGGCAGUCGCAAGAGCCAAUGGCGUUUGGCCCCCCGCCGGAUAUAUGGAAGCUCUCAUUAUUUCGAUCCAGAACGUUCUUCUGUUUACUUCCAGUUUUAUUCUUCACGCUAAACGAUCAAAAGUGCUCAGGAACGUCACAUUUGAUGCGAGUAAAGUUUUAGAAGAAAACUUUAUGGGAGAUUCAUUUAUUGAAGAUCCUCUCAUUGAAGUGAAAAUCCAUGAGCCCGAGCAAACUCCUCUUCGUUUGCCCUUGCUAAAGCAGGCCUCCGAAAGAAACGAGCUGAAGCAAGCAUACAACAUCAACUUAAGCGUACAGAAAACUCUUAUCAGUUUAUGCGAAGAAAUGAAGAAACGUAGCGUUGUUAUUUCUGACCAGUUACAGCGAAAUAUAUCUUCUAAUGAAGUGAAGCAGUUUCCACCUUCUACUGAAAAUAGCCUAAAAGAUCAAAUACAACUUUUAGUGAAUGAACUUUGCGAUAUUGCGGCGUCGGUCAAGCGAGAAGUAACUACUAUUGAGCUUAUUGUAGUAGACGAAACUGUGAAAUUCCAACUUUUUGAAACCAUAAAGCCUAUAAGAAAAAAUAUAAACGCCGUGAAUUUUGCUUGCCUCAUUACUACUGGUUUCUGGCCGCCUCCCGAUAGUGAAAAGAAACUUUUAUUGGAGAUUACUACUCUUUUAAACAAUAUUCUUGCCAUUGAAGCUGCUUUCACCACGUGUUUAGAGACUCAAAAACAUUAUUAUAUGGACUGCUUGGCUUGGGAGGAGGAGCAUCAAAGACGUUUAUCCCAACACAUAGUACAUAAGGCGGAGGAGUUACAAGGAGCUUGUUUAUCAAACGAAGAGUUUCAGAGUUUAAUAAGCCAACAAAAAGCAGUAGAUCUUCAGUAUGAAACGCCAGACGAGCAAGGCCAGCUCAAAGUUAAGAGUGGGACGCUUAAUAACCUUGUCAAGUACCUAACCACGUGCGACGUAAUAGACAACGAGCAUGUGUCUUUUACACGUGUAUUCUUUCUAACGUUUCAUUCCUUCACGACUUCACAGGAACUUUUGAAUUUACUUAUAUUACGUCACGCGUUUUCUGCAGACUUCACUUUUAAUAAAGAACAGCAAGAAAGCUGGCAUACUUCAGUUGUGCUUCCUACGCGAAUCAGAAUAUUAGCCGCUUUAAAAGUUUGGAUCGAGGAAAGUUUUUAUGACUUUUUUACAGAUCAAGUUUUAGUAUCAAAGUUUUUUGACUUUUGCGAGUUAUUAAAAAAAGAUAUACCGACUGCCACUAAUAAUCUCACCAAUACCAUGAAAGAAUAUUUGACUUAUGGUUUGAGUAAAAAGCGGGAUACCGGCUCAAGAAUCUCGCCAAAACCACUUUUGCCUAAAAAUAUUUCCGAUAAACUUUUAAUAAUUGAUUAUGAUCCAUUGGAGAUUGCAAGGCUUUUAUUAUUACUAUUAUUAUUAUUAUAUUUGUAUAUGUUCAAGAUUUUCUAUUAA